UUGACGAGGACGUCCGACGAUCUGUCGAACACGAGGCGCGAACACUCGCCAAGUUGAUCGCUCGUCCUACAACCGACAGUGAGCUGAGCAAUCGUCUCGCUCCGACUCUGAGAGGAUGUAUUGAACGCACAGCCGAACGCAUCGCCGACGCAGCACGCCGUCAGCAUCCACCCUCGCCCACCGCCCACUACCCCACAGCACAACAACCCGGCAUCGCGACCGCUUCUCUCCCAGCUCUCACCCACUCGCCGCCCUUCCAGUGCAGCUCCUGCGACAUUGUAAGGGCCGCAGCACAAGAGUAUUUACCUAGUAUGGAAAUCUGCCGGUAUAGCGAGCAAUUCACGGUCUGUAUAGCUUGCUAAAGCUCUUCAUUACACCAAUCCCCUAAGUCCGACGGCAGUUAGCGCCUUCCUCCCGCCUCGCGAUCAUCUCACAGUCCGCGCUUAGGUCUUUAACGACGAGUACGGUACCCCGUUUCCUUCUCGCGGACUAGGGUUCGAUGAGUCCCUCUACGACGAGGAAUAUGUCGUACACUCUGAGCAUGACGGCGAAGAGAUGGAUAACCUUCUUAACGCCGAGCACUAUCGAGAGGAGGAUGACGGCGAAGAAAUCGACGAUCUGCGCCUACUCGAGUACGGCGAAGAAGAGGAUAAUGGCGGCAAAGAGCCCGAGGAUAACGAAGACGAGGUCGACGACCUACGCCUACUCGAGUACGGCGAAGAAGAGGAUGGCCGUGGCAAAGAGCCCGAGGAUGACGAAUACGAGACUGACGACCUGCGCCUACUCGAGUACGGCGAAGAAGAGGAUGACGGCGGCAAAGAGCCCGAGGAUGACGAUGGUGACGAGUCGUACGAGAACACCGGUGAUGAGGACGACGAAGAAGAGUAUAACAUGCUCAUCAACGAUCAAACCUCGGAUGACGAAGACGACCAGUCCGCCGACUUCCUCCUCCAAGACGAGUCCGAGGCGGCACAAUCUGUCGCACCUGUCCGUUCAUCGGCGAAGCAACACCACCGCAAUGCUCCCAACAACGGCGAAGACGCGAGUCAGGAUGAUGAAGACGAGAGUAAUGAAGGCAGUGACGAUGAUGCCGACGCCGCGCGUCCGAAGAAGAAAUUCAAGACUGCUGAUCAGCGUGGCAAGAACCCACGUUAUCUGCCUGGAUGGGACUCCGAUAGAGAUACCGAGACUCGUCUGACACACAAGCGAGGUCGUUGGCACCAUGUCACGAGCGUCUCACCUGAAAAGCUCCAAGCCUUCAAGGACAACCCGGCUUGGCGUGCUCUCUCGAAGUCCGAUCGUCGACUCAUGGAGGAACUCGGCAAGCAGAUCGCCCUGCGCUAUGUUGAAAUGAAGGAUUGUCCUUAUCACGACUGCGAGUUCUCUAGAAAACACAUCGAGUUGUUGCACUACGUCGCCUCUAAUCACAGAGGUCCUAUCCUCCCCCGUCUCCUCGGUCCACAUAAGCGCUCUUGUCCUAGGUGCGGAGUCGAGCUGUGGUGUUCGCAUUUUGGCGAUGGCCACGUUAAGCUCGACAUGAACCAUCUGAUCAGAUACCGGUUCUUCGGACUCUGCCCUACGUCCAAGGACCAGCACAUCACCCACCGCGCCACGGCCUCUUGGCAGUAUCAUCUACACUCCGCGGGCUCGCUGUUGAGCGCCACGACAUCGAGGUCUCUGAUGGUUGAGCGCAAGUUCUAUUCGCUGCUGCAGAAACACGUGGAUGAGGAUGAGUUGCAGCACUAUUUCCGGGAGUAA